AUGGUUAAUGAUUGUGAAAAUAGAUUUGAUAAACCAAGUACAUGUCCACAACAACGAUGUACAUCAACACAAUUUCAAUGUCGAAAUCAAAAUUAUACAUCAAUAUCAUAUGUUUGUGAUGAGGAAGAAAAUUGUACAUACCGUUGUAUGCCAGGAACAUUUCGUUGUAGUUGUAUUUCUAGUUCAUGUUUACCGAUGGUUAGAUUAGUUUUUAAACAAAAAACACAUUAUGAAAUUUGUGGUGAUAAUAGUGAUGAAAAUUCAAAUUAA